AUGUGUCCCGUGGAGCCGACGAAGGACGGCAAUGUGGACGGGGCGAAGGGGGAGGAGGAGGAGGAGGUGUCGGAGUGGAGAUCUGCGGCGAUAAACGGCGGUUCUCUGCGGCGGGUGGAUCUCCACGGCGGGAAGAACGGGUGGGCUUCCCCGCCGGGGAGUCUCUUCUCCCUGCGGAGCAGGAACUACUUCUCCCGGCGGCAGAAGGCCCCCUCCGGCGGGUGGCUCCUCCGCCCCGCCGGCGUCGACUGGUUGAGAUCCCCCGGCCGCCUCGACAACGUCCUCGGCCGCUCCGACAACCGCGUGAUGGGGUCCUUGCGGAGGGCGCAGUCCCUCGGCCGGUCGAUGAAGGCGUUCCUCUUCGCCGUCAACCUCCAGAUCCCUGGGCGGGAGUGCCACAGCGCCGUGUUCUACUUCGCCGCCGAGGAGCCGAUCCCUCCGUCGUCGCUGCUCUACCGGUUCGUCCACGGGGACGACGCCUUCAGGAACUCGCGAUUCAAGAUCGUGAACAGGAUCGUUAAGGGGCCGUGGAUCGUCAAGGCGGCGGUGGGGAACUACGCCGCCUGCCUGCUGGGGAGGGCUCUGCGGUGCGAGUACCACCGUGGGGAGAACUACCUGGAGAUCGACGUCGAUAUAGGGAGCUCUGCCAUCGCCAACGCCGUCCUGCACCUCGCGCUGGGGUACGUCACCGCGGUCACCAUAGACAUGGGGUUCGUCGUGGAGGCGCAGGAGGAGGAGGAGCUGCCGGAGCGCCUGAUCGGGGCGGUCCGCGUCGCUCAGAUGGAGAUGUCCUCCGCCUCUUUCGUGGAAACGCGGGGAAGCGGGGCGGCGGCGGCGACGACGACGGCGGAGGUGGGGAAGUGCGUUUUCCGAGGCCUGUCCUCCUCCAAGGUGACCGAUCACCAGAGCCACCGCCACGAUGAGAUGAUGGUGAGCGCUUCGAGAUCAAGCGCCUCUGGUGACCCCGAAGAAGACGGUUAG